AUGUCGUUAGAGUUAACAGAGGUACGAAGAGUUGUGAAGCCAGUUAAGGCGCGCAACAACAGUCAGCACAGUGCAAGACUCGACGAUGGCAAAGUGCGUGCGCUUCACUGUAAAAGCAACAAGUCGCAAAGUUUAUACUCUGCAGAGAGCAUUUGCAUCGCUUUAGCUUCGAAUACCAAAGGCACUGGCUUUCUUUCUGGCCAUAACGAUGGCACAAUAAUACGUUACUUCGUCAUCGAUGAUGCCAAUGAAUCUUCAGGUCGACUAGUACAGCAUCCAGUGCCACCUUUUGCUUUGGCUUGGCCACAAGGUGGAUUUUGUGCCGGCGGUUGUGACCAGAAAAUUGUUUUCUAUGACACUGUGGGCCGUCCAGUGCGUACAUUCGACUACUCUCGAAAUGAUCGUGAAAUUACUGUUGCCGCCGCCAGUCCUAACGGUCAAGCUGUGGCAUUUGGCAGCUACGACAAGAUACGAAUUUUCACAUGGAGUCCGCGCUUGUCCGAUUGGAAUGAGAGCGCAACCAAAGAAAUUAUGCACUUCUACACGGUCACCUGCGUACAAUGGCGACGCGAUGGCGCACGCUUGGCAAUCGCUUCUGUAACGGGUGCGGUUAUACUCUUUGAGUCAGUGUUGAAGCGCACCAUCUGGCAAGACAAAUUCGAACUGAUUUUUGUGGCACCCAGCCAGCUGCUGGUGAAGUCCUUGCAAGAGCCUGCCGAACAGAUGACCAUCGAAUCGCAACUGGGACUUGAGAUCGACGACGUGCGCAUAAUGGGUAAGGACAACUAUCUGGUUGCACGCACCGAAGACUCGAUGAUCUUGUGUGAUCUGACGCGCAAUUUGGUAAGCGAAGUGCCCUGGACAACAUCGGGACGUCACGAACGAUUCUAUUUCGAGAACCCGAAUGUGUGUUUGAUUUUCAAUGUAGGCGAACUAAGUCUCGUGGAGUAUGGCGAAAGCUCGAUUUUAGGUUCUGUACGCACAGAGUUCGUCAAUCCACAUGUUAUAUCUGUGCGCCUAAAUGAACGGGGAAAUACCCAAAACAAUAAGAAACUUGCAUUCUUGCUAGACGCCAAAACUAUUUGCAUUGUUGACCUUAUAAACCAACUCAUCAUUGGACAAGUGAAUCACGAGACCAAAAUCGAUUGGAUCGAAUUGAGUGAAACGGCGCACAAAUUAUUGUUUCGCGACAAGAAACUCAGAUUGGUGCUGAUCGACAUUUACACUGGCAAGAAACAAACUUUACUCUCAAACAUCUCAUUCGUGCAAUGGGUGCCACAAAGCGAUGUAGUCGUAGCACAAAACAAUAAUAAUUUAGCCGUCUGGUAUAAUAUUGAUCUGCCCGAGCACGUAACGCUAAUGGCCAUACGCGGCGAUGUUAUCGAAGUCACCCGUGACUCAGGUCGUACAAAUGUGCGUACACAAGAAGGCCCUGCAGAACACACUUAUCAGCUGGACGAAGGCCUCGUUGAGUUCGGCACCGCAGUUAACGACAGCGACUUCGGACGCGCAAUACACUUUCUAGAGACGCUUGGUGACAAGCCCGCCGCCAAAGCUAUGUGGCACAAUUUGGCGGUCAUUUCAAUCGAGGAUGGCAAUCUUCGCGUUGCGCAGCGUUGUUAUGCCGCCUUGGGCAACGUAUCUAAAGCGUACUACUUGAAUGAAAUGAUAGAAGAAGCAGACAAAUUUGAAGAGACCACGGGUUCUCCCGGUAUUAUGUGCCCAGAAGUUCGCGCCAAACUAGCGCUCUUGAGUUCCGACUUGCGCACGGCAGAACGCAUUUACCUGGAGCAGGGUGAUAUCGAAUCAGCACUCGAAAUGUAUAAGAAACUUCGUAUGUGGGAUGAGGCGCUGAACUUAGCUGAGCGACGUGGUUAUGGUGACCUACAGCAGCUAAAGCAACAGCAAAUGGAGUUUCUUUUAACCACCGGGCAGGAGGAGAAAGCCGGACAAGUGCUGGAAGAGCAAAGCGAACCUGAAAAGGCUUUAAGUCUUUAUUUGAAGGCCAGUAAGCCAGCACGUGCAGCGAGGUUGGCCAUGAAAACGCCGCAUCUGAUGGAUGAUCAGCAACUGAUGCUAAAAAUCACAGAAGGAUUAAUAAAUUGCGAACUGUACGAGAUGGCUGGCGACAUUGCGCUCAAACUAUCACGCCCAGAGGCGGCUAUGGGCUUGUAUCGCAAGGGUGGCGCGUAUGCACGCGCACUCGAUUUGGCACGUGAAGUUGCACCGGAUGACGUCACGAAUUUGGAAGAGGAAUGGGGCGACUGGUUGGUGGCACGCAAACAGCUAGAUGCUUCCAUUAAUCACUACAUUGAGGCAGGCGCCACACAAAAGGCACUCGACGCUGCUGUCGGCGCAAAACAAUGGCGCAAAGCCGUGCAAAUCGCCAAGGUGCUCGACGAACCAGCGGAAAUACAACGCUAUGCACUGGAUCUAUCCAAGCAUUUGGCCUUUUCGGGAGAUGUUGACGGCGCUGAGGACUUGCUGGUACGCGCUAACAUGUAUAAAGAAGCAAUAGAGUUGCUCAAUCGGCAUGGCAAGUGGGAACGCGCUUACGCUAUUGGCGAGAAAUAUCUGCAAGUGGAUGAAAUGCGAGAUUUAUUUGUAAAUUUGGCAACUGGCUUGGAAGAGCAAGGUAAGUAUCGCGAUGCGGAAAAGGUUUUGCUGGCAGUAUCCGAACCCGAUUUGGCUAUUGCAAUGUAUAAACGCCGCGAGCUGUAUGAUUCCAUGAUACGUCUGGUAGAACGUUUUCAUAAGGAACUUCUGGAUACCACUCACUUGCAAUUGGCAAGACAGCUAGAAUCCAAAGGGAAGUUCAAAAUCGCUGAAGUUCAUUUUAUAGCUUCAGGCGAUUGGAAGUCAGCCGUGCAUAUGUAUUGCUCAUCUGGCCGCUGGGAAGAUGGUUAUCGAGUGGCUAAGCAAAAAGGCACUGAUGGCGCCAGUAACCAGGUGGCUUACAUGUGGGCGAAGUCGAUGCCGAUCGAGAGCGCUGUCCGCUUGCUCACCAAGUUGGGUUUGCUGGACACUGCUGUGGGAUUCGCUUGUGAUUCUGGGCAGUUCGAUUUCGCCAUGGAUCUUUGUCGUUUAUCUGGUAAAUCCACGGAUGAAGUCCACAUGAAAAUCGCUAUGUCCCUUGAGGAUGAAGGCAAGUUCGAGGAAGCCGAAGGCGAAUUCAUCAAAGCCAAUAAGCCCAAGGAGGCGAUACUGAUGUACACCCAUGCAGGUGAUUGGAAAGCGGCCUUAAACGUGGCUGAGCAAUAUUUGACAGAAGCUGUCAAUGAUAUAUUAAUUGGGCAAGCAUCCGCUGCUUUGGAUACACGCAACUAUCCCGACUAUGAAGCUCUACUGCUGCGUGCACAACGUCCCGAUUUGAUCAUAGACCAUUACAAGAAUGAGGGUAUGUUCGAUGAAGCGCUGCGCAUUGCCGAGGAGCACUAUCCGUCGGCAAUGAAUGAUCUACGGCGUCUGCAAACGCAAGAGCAACGCCGAAAUAACGAACAUAAUGACGAUUCGCGUGCUUACCUGCAAAAAGCAGCCGAAUUCGCUAAGCGUGAAGAAUUUCGCAAGGCCGCUGAGUGUCUAAUGCAAAUUAACUCCACCAAUACCGACGAUGAAACCACAGUGGAACGCGCUCUACUCAGAGCCGCUGAGAUAUGCAACCAAUUUUUGGAAGGCAAAGAUGCAGUCAACGUAGCAACUCAGCUAGGGCCACGUCUACUACAAAUCAAGCAAAUCGGGCCAGCAGCGCAGCUGUAUCUAGCUGCUGAUAUGCCCAAAGACGCCGUAGAGGUUUUCAUACGCGCCGAGCAGUGGUCGAAGGCACGACGCCUAGCAAAGGAACUAGAUCCAGAGCUGAUGAGCUAUGUAGAGCAGCAGCAGAAAUCGCGCCUUAAGACCGAAGGCAAUGUAGAACAGUUAGCUGACAUAGACGUCAUGAGCGCUUUGGACAUGCUAGCCGAACAAGGCCAAUGGAUGCGCUGUCUUGACAAGGCGAAACAGAUAAACGCUGCAGUUUUACAGAAAUAUGUCGCUCUCUAUGCAGCCCAACUCAUACGCGAAGGUGAUUGUCUCACAGCAUUGAGUCUCUAUUUUACUUAUGGCGCGCCACCUCUGGAGGCCAAUUUCAACAUCUACUCUCGCAUAGCAAUGGAUUGCUUUGCUAUACGUGAAGACCAGGCCAAGGAGGAUCAGUGGCGGAAUUUGCGAGAUUUCCUUUACAAACUGCUGAAGUCACUGCAAUCUUCUGAGCAUGCGCAGGCAAAAAUUACCAACAACAUUGAGAAAUUUUUACUGAUUAGUCACUACUACGCUGUGCGUUCCGCUUGUCGACCCGUGCAAUCCUUACAACCAAUCGCCGCUCGUAUUUCAAUCGCUUUGUUGCGCUACACGGACAUCAUACCAGUGGACAAAGGUUUCUAUGAAGCAGGCACCGAUCUGCGUAAUGCCGGCCGCGAAGCGGAAGCUUUUGUUAUGCUCAACCACUAUUUGGAUGUGUGCGAAGCCAUUGAAGAGGGCUCUGGACAUCUUGUAGAUCAUUCCGAUUUGGCAGCUACUGAUUUUCCAAGUUCAGUGCCACUACCAGAAGACAUACAUCUUAAAAAUGAUCCUAGUCUGCAUGAAGAGGUACGCGAGUGGGUGCUAGCCAUAAGCAUGGAUCAGCAAGUUGAUCAGGUUCUACCCACUGACGACCGUGGCCUAUACGAAUCAGCACUCGGGCCAGAUGAAGUACCUUGCAUAUUAAGUGCCUAUCCUGUACGUAGCCGUCAGCCGGUCACCUUUCAAUCGUCGAGCCGUCAAGCGAAUCGGGAUGUUUGGAGCAAAUUUACUGUCGCACUUAAGAUGUCGCCUGGCAGCAAAGUGGCAGACAUUAUUGCAUUCGUUGAGAAAUGGAAUGGUCAGGCUAAUUCUUCAAUGCAUUAA